AUGGAUUUAUUUGGAGUUUUCUACGUUCCCAACUUUUUGUUUGUCACAUUGGCCAUUCUAAUCAGCCUUUAUUUCUUUGGAAGAAGAACUUUUGGCUUCUUUGCUGAACAUCAAUUUAAAGGUCCAAAGCCGAUGGUUUAUCUUGGAAAUCUUAAACAAAUGAGUCAGGCAGGUUUUGUCAAUAUAUUUUUUGACUGGAAGAAACAAUUUGGUGAUGUUUAUGGAAUCUUUUUUGGAACUGAGCCUUUUUUAAGAUUAAUCAUUUCAGGAAAUGAAUACAGUGAAAACAUGUUAUCUGCUGCAAAAGAUGACCACUGGAAAUAUCUUCGUACUGUCUUGGCACCUUCUUACAGUUCGAAAAGGAUGCGUGAGAUGGUUCCCUUGAUUGAAGAUGUUCUGAAAACUUUUGAAAAAAAUUUGAAUAAAAUUGCAGAUAGUCAGGAAGCAACUGACGUCACCUUUUUAUUUUCAGGUUAUACAAUGGAUGUGAUUGCGUCAACUGGUUUUGGAAUUAAAGUAGAUUCACAGGAAGAUCCUGACAGCCCUGUUGUUAAAAAUGCUCGAAAAAUCUUUUCUGCUGACUUUUUAAAAUCUAUAGUUGGUCUUACAAUCUUAUUUCCUUUGCUUGGAAAAAUUUUAAACAAGAUUAAACCUGGAAUUGUGCUUGGGAACAUUGCAUACUUUGUUGAUUUUUGCAAGGAAUUGGUUGAAGAACGAAAGAAAGAGAAAAACACAAGUACACGUAAAGAUCUGCUGCAACUGAUGUUGGAUGCUCAACUUGAAGGCCAUGAAAAGUUGGACAAGAAAAUUGAACAAGAACUCAAACUGGAAAAUAUAACAGACUGGAGAACAAAAAGAGGUCUUACAGAUGUAGAAAUCAUCGCACAAUGCAUGGUUUUUUUCUUGGCUGGUUUUGAGACUACAGCAUCCACCUUGUCUUUCUUUGCUCACUCAAUAGCAAUGAACCCUGAUGUUCAGGAGAAACUUUACCAAGAAAUAAAAGAAAAACUUGGACAGGAAUCUCCAAAUUAUGAUAAUGUCCAGAAACUGACCUAUCUUGAUAUGUGUCUGGAUGAAACAUUGAGGAUGUAUCCAAUUGCUUUAGUGCUGACAAGGCAAGCAAAAGAAGAUUGCAUCAUAAAAGGAAUGAAAAUUCCCAAGAAUACAGGUGUCAUGUUUCCAGUCAUGUGUUUACAUUAUGAUCCAAAAUACUGGACUGAACCAGAAAAGUUUGAUCCUGAACACUUCAGUGAGGAAAACAAAGCCAAACAAAAAAUCCUUCACUUAUAUUCCUUUUGGUGGUGGGCCACGAAUUUGUGCUGGAAUGCGAUUGGCUCAACUUGA